AUUUCUCCAACCAAGUCAAUUCCACAUCCCUGAACUCUCCCACGAGCCGGGGGCCCAUGGCCACCCCGUCCCUCCACCCGUCCAUCGGGCCGGGCAUCGGCUCCUCGCUGGGCUCCCCGGGCCAGCUGCACUCGCCCAUCAGCACCCUGAGCUCGCCCAUCAAUGGCAUGGGCCCUCCCUUCUCCGUCAUCAGCUCCCCCAUGGGCCCGCACUCAAUGUCCGUCCCCUCCACCCCCAGCCUGGGAUUUGGCACCAGCAGCCCACAGCUCAACUCGCCCAUGAACUCCGUCACCAGCACAGAAGACAUUAAGCCACCCCUGGGGCUCAAUGGAGUCCUCAAAGUGCCAGCACAUCCCUCAGGAACGAUGGCCUCCUUCACCAAGCACAUAUGUGCCAUCUGUGGGGACAGAUCUUCAGGAAAACAUUACGGGGUUUACAGCUGCGAGGGCUGCAAAGGCUUCUUCAAGCGCACGGUGCGGAAGGACCUCACCUACACCUGCCGCGACAACAAGGACUGUUUGAUCGACAAGCGCCAGCGCAACCGCUGCCAGUACUGCCGCUACCAGAAGUGUCUGGCCAUGGGCAUGAAGAGAGAAGCUGUCCAGGAGGAGAGGCAGCGGGGGAAGGACCGCAACGAGAACGAGGUGGAGUCGACAAGUAGCGCCAACGAGGACAUGCCUGUGGAAAAGAUCCUGGAAGCUGAACUCGCUGUGGAGCCAAAGACAGAGACCUACAUCGAGGCAAACAUGGGCCUGACGCCGAGCUCGCCCAAUGACCCAGUGACGAACAUAUGCCAGGCAGCAGACAAACAGCUCUUCACCCUGGUAGAGUGGGCCAAGAGGAUCCCCCACUUCUCCGAGCUGCCCCUGGACGACCAGGUCAUCUUGCUCCGAGCAGGGUGGAAUGAGCUCCUAAUUGCCUCCUUCUCCCACCGCUCCAUAGCUGUGAAAGACGGGAUCCUCUUAGCCACCGGGCUCCACGUGCACCGGAACAGCGCGCACAGCGCUGGCGUCGGGGCCAUCUUCGACAGAGUAUUGACAGAACUCGUGUCAAAAAUGCGAGACAUGCUGAUGGACAAGACAGAGCUGGGCUGCCUGCGAGCCAUUGUCCUCUUCAACCCUGACUCGAAGGGUCUGUCGAACCCGGCCGAAGUGGAGGCGUUGCGGGAGAAGGUGUACGCGUCACUAGAGGCUUAUUGCAAACACAAAUACCCCGACCAGCCCGGGAGGUUUGCAAAGCUCCUGCUCCGCCUCCCAGCCCUCCGGUCCAUCGGCCUGAAAUGCCUGGAGCACCUCUUCUUCUUCAAGCUAAUAGGAGACACACCCAUCGACACCUUCUUGAUGGAAAUGCUGGAAGCGCCACAUCAAAUGACUUAGAGAAACUGCUGCUGGGUCAGUCCCCCGCCGUCCUCGCCUCCUCGUCGCCUUCACCCCUGUCCGUUUGCUGUCACUGCUGCAUCUCCAGACCUGCUCGCUGGUCCCCUGCGCUAGAUGUAGAGAAGUGGGAGCGGAGAGAGCUCGCCACCCACCCCCUGCCCGGCCCCCGCCGUGCCAUGAGUUUUGGGAUGAGCCACCAGCCGGGCUUGGCAUCACCCACCCACCCCCUCCGUGGGUGCCCCGGGGCAGGAGCGGGGACGGGGACAGUCCCAGCCCUUUCGGGGGCAGUGGGGUUUGGACAAGCUGAGGGGAGUGGCUGAACUCGCCGGAUUGCAGCUGGCUAUUUUCAGAGGAUGGAGUUUUUUUGAAAAAGAGAAGAGAAAAAAAAAAAAUCCAACCAAAAAAAAAAAAAAAAGAAUUCUAUUUUUGGUUUCUAACUAUUAUUAGUAGUCUCGGUAGUUACUUUGCGGAGGGAGAGGCGGCCCGGCCGUGCCCCGUGAAUGAGUCACCCGUGGCUGCACAGAGCCUUCUCCUUCCAGUUCACAGCAGAGGAUUUGGGAUUGAGCUGAAUCCCCCCCCCUAAAUAACACGGGAACCGGUGGCACAGGGAGCUGGGUCACCCUCUGUGCAGAGCGUGCACCUGAAAAAUCCCCCUCUGCCAUCCCAGAGGAUGGCUGGGCAUCGCCGCUCUUCCCAAAGAUGCCUCUGCGCUGGGUGUGGAGCUGCCCACGUGGAAAGAGCCGGCUGGAGCAGUUGCUUUAAGGCUGCCAGGGACUCCCUAUCGCCCUACCCCAGCUCAUGGGGGCCUGCUGGGACCCCUGCCCUCAGCACAGCAUCCCAGCAUGGCCCCAGAAUCCCAGCAUGGCCCCAGUAUCCUGGCACUGCCCCAGCAUCCCAGCAUGACCCCACACAGGGGUUUCGGCUCACCCAGGAGGCUGCUCCUGUUGUUUCAGCCGUGCAAAACACUGCAAGGCAACAAUUAGUGGGAGUGCUUGGCCAGGCUGGUUAAUUGCAGCUGUUAAUUAGUGGUGAAGCAAGAACAGGGCUCCCCCUCCCCUGAAUCUCCCCCAUCGGGCACAGAAUGUGGGGGCUGAGAGGUCCCAGCUGGGUGGGGAACAUGGCAGCACCCACCCACCCCCUCUCCUGUCUGGGAUACUGAGAGCACCAAGAGCACCUUGGCUUUUGCACAGUCCUUUCCUUGAGUCUUGGUGUGACAGCAGGGAGAUGGACAAGAUUUUGGGGAUUAGGGACAUGGUCCCAGGAACGUGCUCACACCCCACAAGAUGGGAUUCCCCAGGGAGCGUGUGGCAAGAGGUCAGCCAGGGAUCAUCUCACCCUCGUCAGGGGUCUCCAGUGCCCCACCAAAAACUUGAGUUAGAGAAAAAAACAAAGCAGAGCAAGCGGUGAGGGAUGUUGGGAAGGGCUUUUUUCCCCUUGGCAGGAUGGACUGUCCCAAACACACUGUGGGACAAGUGCUGCGAGCCAAGAAUGAGGUGCCUGUGGUUGGCCUGUGGCCAAGGGCUUCCCCACCACUUCCAUGUCCUCUUGUGCUUUAAAACAACAAAGUAUUUGCUCCCAGAGAUCCUCUUCUUGCUCCCCAUGGGUUGUGGCUGGUUGAAAACACCUCCUUCGUGCCCAGAGGGGGGUGGAGCAGCACCCACCACCUCACACCUCUGGUUCUGAGGGGACACAGUGGCCACCUGCUGUUGUCAUCCUGCCUGGCAGCUGGAGCCCCCAGCUCCAUCCCCUGCAGCUCAGCAGGCCAUCUCACUGCUAAAAAAAAACACUCAGGAUUUCAGGUCAGAACUUCCCCCUCAGGCUGGCCCGAAGUGGCAAAUCCGCAGCGGCAGGGAAAGUGUUUUGGCUGUGUUUCCCCAGCAGCCUGCAUGCCGCCGAAAAUAUUAUUAAACAGCUUCACCCUGCAAGAAUUUGCCAAGAAAACUAGGCAAGAGAGAUGAAAUCUGGAAAGGGUGCCAGGAAACGCGAGCAGGCUGUUCCCUGCCAGCGUGAGGCUGGCGCAGCCCUUGGGGGGUGCAGGGAGGUGUUGGCUCCCAGUGGAGCUCAGCCCGGAGCCCACCCAGCCCCUGGGCAGCCCCCAGCCCGGCUCUUCCAGCAGAAAGGAGCCUGGAACUUGCUUGCCAGAGAGGAUGAGGAUGCUUUGGGAAAGUUGGUGGAUAUUGCACUGGAAUAAACCCGCUGUCCUUCUCUGUUGGGUGGAACCACUUUUUUUUCCUGCUGGAUGGCUUGGAAGGGGCUGCUUGGUGCUGGGUGUUGAGCUGUGGUGGCUGCAAGGUGCUGGGCUUCACGGUGGGAGCUCCUGUCCCAUCCCAUCUCGUCCCAUUCCAUUUCAUCCUGUCCCUUCCCAUCCCAUCCUAUCCCAUCUCAGCCCAUCCUUUUCCAUUUCAUCCCAUCCCAUUCCAUUCUGUCACGUUCUAUCACGUUCCAUCCCAUCUUGCAUUCCAUCCCACCCCAUCCCAUCUCAUCCCAUCCUAUCCCAUCUCAUCCCAUCCUAUCCCAUCUCAUACCAUUGAAUCCAUCAUGUUCCAUCCCAUCCUGAUCCACUUCAUUCUCUCUCAUCCCAGCUCAUGUCAUCCAAUCUCAUCCCAUCCCAUCACACCCUACCCAUCCCAUCCUGUUUCAUCCCAUCCCAUUCCCAUUAGCAUUUGCCCUGAUAAAAUGCCAUGGGCAGGGGGUAUCCCCCACAGGCAGUGCGAUGCCAAGGGGGAGACUCCACGGGUUCCAGACUUCCCAUCAGGAUGUGCAUCCCUGUGCCUCAGUUUCCCUGCUGGAGCAGCUCACAGCCUCAAUCCAUGCCCGUGGUGGAGGGGGGUUGGGGAAAGGCUGAGCCUUGUCCUGGGAUUUCAGUUUUCAGCAGGUGAAGGGGAGUUGGGGUUCCCGGAACGUGGGUGAUGAACCCCCAGGCCCCACCCCCUCCAUUCCCAGCCCAGCCCUUCCCAAGGGAAGGAAAAGCUUUUGUGCAUCCAUAACAUCCGCCACAGCAGCCUUAAAGCAACGUGCUUUGCAUGAGUUUGAGUCUUUCAUUUGUAUUCUUUUCACUUUUUGGCUUUUUUUGUUGUUGUUGUCCUAAUCAUAAUAACGCUGAGUAUGGACGUGCUUGUUUGGAGAGGUGAGACAUGGCUAGAGGAAAAAAAAAGGCACAUUAUCCACUAGAGAGGUAGGACUUUGAUUAACCAGAUCUUAGUACUGUUGCAAAAAUCUGGUUUGAUUAGGGUGAUCUAUUUCUAAUUUUUUGUUUUGUUUUGUUUUGUUUAAAUUCCUUUUUGUUGGUGGGACAAUCUUUAAUUUUCUAAAGAUAGCACAAACAUCAGCUUUUCAGCCACCCGCUGCCACCCUGGCUGUCCCUCACUGCCUGUGCAUGUUCCAACACGAGCCCUAUCCCAAACCAAUCUGAAUCCAGCACGUCCCAGGCCCCUCCAUGAGGAUGCUGAGGUUUCCUGGGCGCUGGAAUGCUGAGCUCUGUGGCCGGGGGGGCCCCCAGGAGUGGAGGGAGGGGUGAAGGACCUUCAUCCCCGCAGCAGCCGCGGGUGUACGACACCCACACCGACCCCCUGACCUCUCCACCCUGGGAAGGAGAGCCCUGGGCUCAGCUCCUGAUCCUAAAAAGGGCUGGAGCUGGCAGGAAUGUGGCUCAAGAGCUGAUGCUGUCCCCAUCAGUGAGGAGUGUGCAGGAGCUGGUUUAAGUUGCUAUAUGUGCGUGUGUAUACAUGUAUGUACUGUAGAUAUAUACACUGUAUAAAUACCCUCACUCACAUAUACAGAUAUUAUAACUGUAGCAAUUACAGACUUUUCGUGGUUUUUUGUGUUUUAAGUCAAUUCUUUUUCCUAUUUUUUGUCCUUGCUUUUUAUUUUGUUGCUUUGCUUUUUUUUUUUUUUUUUUUUGCUCCCAUUGUAUCCAAAUCCCUUUCCAAAUUGGCAAAUGCCAAAUCUGGAUCUGUAUUCCUCGAGGCAAAGGAACUGCAUCUAUUUUAAGAUGCCUUUUUGUUCUGUUUUAUUUUGUUCUGUUUUAUUUUGUUCUGUUUUUUUUUUCUUUUUUUUUUUUUUCUUUUAAGCAGGUGGGUUUGAGUAAAAAAAAAAUAGCUUUAGCAAUUCCCAAUACUUAGUGAUGGAUGCCUUGGCUAUGGGAUGCAUAGAUUAAAAAAAAAAAAAUUAAAAUUUAGAAUGACAAAAAAAAA